AUGCAGUUCUCUACUGCCAUCACCGGUACACUCUUCUUGGCGGGCAGUGCCCUCACAAGCUCACAAUCGCUUCCCACUAUUCGGUCUGAAGACCUCACGAUUCCUAAUGGUAGCGAUGACUUCAUCACCGCCUACUUCAAUCCAACAACCAACGACACGACUACGAGCGGCACCAUGUCAGAUCAAUCCUACAGCGACACAGUCCCUCUUUGGGAACUUCCGGAUUGCUACAGAGAAUGCAUCAACCGCAAUUGCUGCAUCGGUACGGGACUGAAGGAUGUUCGAAAACUCAGCAUCCAGGAUUUCUGCUGGUCGAAGCAGUACUGGGUCGAAACCUGGAUGCUGGACCACCUGGCGUACUGCGUGGGGCCUACUUGCAAGUCCUGCCGUCCACAAUGCGAGGACAAUUCGACCACAUGGAUGAAAAGGGUGUGCCAUCGCGGCUGA